AAACGGGAACUGAAAAACUUGGAAACUUGGGGUAUUCGAACCUUUUGCCUAAUUAAAAUGUUUGAUUUCCCCUUCAAAAAAAAAAAAAAAUUAAAAUGUUUGAUUAUUUUAAAGGAUUUGUAUUUGGGGAGAGGUGAGUGUUAGCUGCUGCUGCUUCAAUCCUUAAACCCUCACCCAUUUUAUCUCACUUUACUCAAAAACCCUAAAUUACAAUGUCUCUCUACCUCGCUCUUCGCCGUGCGCGCCACCUCUCAACCAUCGCCGCCGCCGCCGCCGAGCCUGCCACCGCCAAAUUCGCAAACAUCUCUGAAGCUAAGAAGCGGCUUAGAAAAGUAUACGAUCCCGACGAGGCAAUCAAAGUCUACUCCUCCUUCGCCGGCGCCAAUGACGCCGCCGCCCCACCGGCCUCCGCCCGCCACAUCCAGGUGCUGGCGGUCCGCCGCCUUGCCAAAUCCCACCGUUUCUCCGACAUCGAGGCCUUCCUCGAAUCCCUCAAAUCCAAUCCCCAAAUCACCGAGGAGCCCUUCGUCUCCUCUCUCAUCAAAUCUUACGGCGUCGCCGGAAUGAUCGACAAUGCGCUCACUACUUACAAUCAGAUGACUGAUUUCGGUACCCCUCGCUCGACUCUAUCCUUCAAUGCUCUCCUCAAAGCUUGUAUUAACUCCAAGGCUUAUGAUCGCGUGCCUCUUUAUUUCAAUGAAUUUCCGGAAAAGUUUGGUUUGGUGCCCGAUAAAUUUUCGUAUGGAAUGUUGAUUAAGGCUUAUUGUGAGAUGGAAUCGCCUGAGAAGGCGAAGGAGACGCUGGGUGAAAUGGAGAAGAAGGGGGCUGAGAUUGGAGCGGUAUCAUUUAGCACAAUUUUACUCGCGUUGUAUAAGAUUGGGAGGGUUGAUGAGGCUGAAGCAUUUUGGGAUGAAAUGGUGAAGGAAAAGGGGAUCAAAUUGGAUGCGGGGUCUUACAAUGUGAAGCUUUCACAAAUUCGUGAUAAGCCAGAAGCUUUGAAAGCUAUGAUUGAGGAAAUGCAGAACGCUGGUAUAAAUCCUGAUUGCAUAAGCUUCAACUAUUUGAUCACUUCCUACUGUGUAAAUGGUAUGAUGGAUGAAGCGGAGAAGGUAUGUGGAGAUCUGUUGCAGGCAAAAGGAGGCAGGGCGAAUGCUACCACUUUUAGGACUAUGGUGUUCUAUUUGUGUAAGGCAGGGCGGUAUGUGAAAGCGUAUGAGAUCUUUAAGAAGAGUGUGAAAGUGGGCAAGAUUCCCGAUUUCAACACAUUGAAGUAUUUGGUUACGGGGUUACACAAAAUGGAGCGUAUGGUUGAGGCUAAAGCUAUGGUUCGGACUAUGAAUAAAAAGUUCCCUCCUGAUCUGUUGAAGGCUUGGGGCAAACUCGUGGAUGAGCUUGGUUUGACUCGUGUUGGCACAGAGGAGGUUGCCGCUAGCAAGGUGGAAAAAGGAGCUGGUUCUGAUGUUGAAUCGGAGAAGUAAGAGAGGCCAAUGGAUUGCUGGAAAGGUGUUCGACUGCACGGGGACUGGUUAGCAAGAGGAAACUUGUCUUUCAGACGUGCAGACAUGCUGAGAAUUGCAGAUCUGGACCAAGGCUAGGGGGCGACUCCAGGUUAAGUCUUUCGUCUACAUCAUUUUUCAUGUUCUGGCACGCCUAUUGUGUUCUUUGGGAGGUACACCUUAAAUUGUUGCCAUUUCAACAACGAAAGUUUGAUUGAGGGUUUUUGAAGCCAAUGAUUGUCCCCCCAUUUUGUUAAUUAUGUCGUCCAAUAGUAAUAAUGAUAUCUCUAAUAUUGUUAGUUUUUGAAUAUGUUCCAAGUCCUAUUGGUUUUCUCUAGGGUUUUACCUAAAAAAUCUCAUUUUAAUUGAGAAGCAUAUUCAUCUUUGACGAAUUCAUUAUCCUUUCAUAGUUA